AUGGGGUACACAUACAUCAAUGUCACUUCGUGCUUUGCUGUCAGCGUGUCACUUCUAGCCCUAUCGAUACUCGCCGUCUCAUUGAGGGUAUUCAUACGAUGGAGGACUCAAAUCAAGCCUGGACACACAUUCUGGCAGACACAUCUAGAUGACGUACUCUGUGUCCUGGCCCUGAUACCCUGUAUUGGCACGACGGUUGCCCUAAUCUAUGGAACGAGGAAAAGGAUUAUUGGGAGCCAUAAUUUGGCUUCCAACGCCGAGAGCUGGAUGACAACAACCACACCCGACCUCGUCAUUUUAGAGAAGCUUGUGUACAUCAUCUUCAUAAUGCAGCCCCUCGCGCUCGGUUUUAUGAAACUGUCUGUCCUAUUCUUCUACCGCCGAAUAUUCAGUAUUGGAAGUUUCACCACUAUUUCCACAAUUUUCAUAAUCAUCACUAUCGGAUGGAUGCUGGCAUUCUUUUUCGGUUUUGUCUUUACCUGUCGACUAAACUUUUCGGCUAAUUGGGGAUCGCUCGCCGGCAUCAGCGAACACUGUCCGUUUGGCUUUCUGCCGACCAUCAUCUUUACAGUCCUUGACGCCGUCCUCGACUUGUGCAUUCUGAUACUGCCAUUGCCUUGUAUAUGGGCACUGAAAUUACCUUCGGCUCGCAAGGCUCAGGUGUUCGGCGUGUUCUUACUCGGCGGAUUCGCUCUCUCAGCGGCAACUGUUCGCAUGGUCAUUUGCAUCAAGCAAAAUACACCAUCUAAUGCCGUUAGAGAAGAACUCAUAAUGGGCAUGCCAAUUUACGACAUAGUAGGCAUAACUUCUCAUGGGCUUUUCUGGACUGUUGUCGAGGUUAAUGUCGCGUUGAUUGCAUGCUGUCUACCCACCUUGCGACCGAUACUCAGUACGGUAGCUGUCGUCACCGUUACAGCAUUCUUUGGAUCGAUGUUCAAAGCCAUUGGCUAUAUGUCUCGCUCAGCAAAGGUCAGCGAGGACUCGGUUACUGACGACGAAAGUUACAAUGGCAUUGAAUUCGCAAAGGUGCCUAGCGGGAAGGAAUAUAGCUUUCAAACUCGCGCAGCCAUGCCCAAGAAUGUGAUAUACUUGCCAAUUACCGAGCAGGACAGCUACAACAGGCAAUAA